ACAGAGGGCCUGCUCGGCAGCUUUGAGAUCGGAGAAUGGCGGGCAAGUCUGCGAGCGCUUGAGUUACCAGUCCCGACUGCAAUAGCUAGGCAUUUAAAAACCUAGUACAUCAUGGACAUCGACCUGCCGUCUCUCGCGGCGGGACAACAUCGCGCGUCGUUGGAAGAGGAGCUCGGCGCGGUCUUUGCGGGUCUGCUCGCCGACAGCAAGGGGGCGAAGGAUGUGGUUGCAGACAUUCAUGAGGUCUGCGCACGGAGAGCGGAAGCGCUGAGGUUGGAAGCUGCCGAGCAGCUGCACCGGCCCGCCCGCCACAUGGCGCUCAAGGCUGUGGCGGACGAGAUGGAGGCGCAGGCCGCCACCUGGCAGCUGCUGUUCUGCCUGCACUGCGACGAGGCGGCGCCAGCAGGCGAGGGCGGGUCUGUGGUUCGGGACGCGGGCGGCGCGCUGCUGUACCGGCAGCGGCUGGCGGACGCCGUGGCCUCGGAGCCGGAGCUGGCGCGCUGCGCGCGUGUGGUAGCCUGGCUUGAGUCCCUGGCAGAGGAGGCGCAGCGGCGCGGCGGCGGCGGCGGCGCUGGCGGCGGCGGCGGCGGGGCGGGCGGCGGCGGCGGCGGGGCGUCCUUUCAACCUCUGGAGGCUCUGUGGUACGAGACCAAGACGGAGAUGCGGGCGGGCACAGGGAGUGUGGUGUCGGAGCUGGACCCGGACGCGCCCUCGCGCACCGGCCGCCCGCUGCACCCGGGCAACGCGCGCAGCCAGGAGCGGCUCAUGGGGCGGGUGUGGCAGCUGCUGAGGGCGGGCAAGACGCCGGAGGUGCUGGAGCUGUGUGCGGCGGUGGGGCAGCCCUGGCGCGCCGCGGCGCUGGGCGGCGGCGGGCCCUGGGGCGCGCUGCCGGUGGGCGCGGCGGCGGCGGAGGCGGACGAGGCAGUGGGGGAGGACGUGCAGGCUGAGGAGCUGGCAGACGAGGUCUCCAACGGCGCCGGCACGCUGCUGGCGCUGUGGCGCUGGGCGGCGCUGCAGGCGGCGAGUGGUGGCGGCGGCGGCGGCGCGGACGGCGCUUUCCGGCUGGAGCGGGCGGUGUUUGGCGAGUUGGGCGACAGCGCGGCGGCGGCGGCGCCCGCGUGUGGCACCUGGGAGGACUUUGCCUGGAGCUACUGCAGCUACCCGCUACUGCCCAACAUCUCAUGCCUUAACCCCGUUAUUUCCAUCCUACGACGUGCCGUCCCUCACAUCCCUCCCCCCACCGACUUCACUUCUUAAUUAAUCAUGAAUGUAACCCCCACCCGCAAAAUGGUCUACUGUCUACCACUUCCUUAACUAGUCAUGAAUGUAAUACCCACCUGUA